UUGAAAUGAAUCAGCUUUUACUCUGCCUAAGAAACGACAGAUUCCAGAUUCCAGGGUGGGGUUUUGUCUUUAUUUGGAGGUUAAUUAUUUCUGUUAGUGAUCUCCCUUUUGACAUUCCUCUCUGUUACAUCCCAUGCCCACUCAAUGGUUGGAGGUGUAUUUUUUCUUGAUGUUGUAACUACAUGUAACAAGAGACAGCUCUAUCCUGAAAGCUGAACAGCACAAUGCAUUUGACAGGCUGUUAGAUAAGGCUCUCCUUAGUUUGGAGAGUGUGCAAAAAUAUAUAUUAAAAAAAUUAGAAAAAAUAAUAAAAAAUAAUAAAAAAAAACCAUAAAAACCUUGACCCUGGAUCUUUUGCAUCCCAGCUCAGCCCCGGAAUCAUGGGGUCAUUUUUUGGUUGCUGUCCAUGGAGGUGCAAUGUGCUUUCAGGCAGAUGCUGAGGAGAAGGUGAGGAAUUAACUUGCUAUUUAUAAGAAACAACCAGGCGCGAAUAGAUCAAAAGGAAGAGUUUGUAUUUCAGCGCCACAAUUAGGGAGGGGUGGGGACAGUGUGAUUCUCCAGUGAUGUGCAGAAUGGCAGAGAGGGUGGGUGGUUGGACUGUCAAACUGCCUUAAUUUAAUUGCAAACACAUGCUGAUGAGUCCCCUCCUCCUGGACCUCAGGGCUGGGAAACUUUUUUUGUCAGCUCCGUGCAGCUCAGAAUUGAGGCAAAUACGCUCCAGCAAACACCAUGCUGAUCAAACCUUCAGCUCUUGGAGGCUUUUUGUAUUUUCUGCUCCUGCCUGGUUUCUCCUGCUCCUGCCCCAGCCGCUGCCUGUGCUUCAGGACUACAGUGAGAUGCAUGCAUCUGAUGUUGGAAACCAUCCCCGAGAUCCCGCCCCAGACAAACAUUCUAGAUCUACGCUUCAACCACAUCAAGGAGAUACAACCUGGGGCCUUCAGAAGACUGAAGAACCUCAACACACUGCUGCUGAACAAUAACCAGAUAAAACAAAUUGUGAGAAGAUCCUUUGAAGAUCUGGAGAACCUGAAAUACCUCUACCUUUAUAAAAAUGAAAUUCAGAGCAUCCAGCAACAUGCCUUCCAUGGGCUCCGUUCCCUGGAGCAGCUGUACCUGCAUUUCAACAACCUGGAAAGUCUGGAGCUGGAGACUUUUAGUGACCUGCCCAAACUUGAAAGGCUAUUCUUGCACAACAACAAGAUUUCCAGGAUUCAUCCGGGGACAUUCUCUCAACUGGAAUCCCUCAAAAGGCUGAGGCUGGACUCCAACUCCCUGUUCUGUGACUGUGACCUGCUGUGGCUGGCAGAGCUGCUGAGGAAAUACGCAGAGCAGGGCAGCAUCCAGACCGCUGCCACCUGUGAGGCUCCACGGGACCUGCACGGCCGCUCCAUCGCCGCCCUGACCGCCCAGGAGUUCAACUGUGAGAGGCCUCGAAUAACCUCAGAACCCCACGACGUCGAUGUGCUCUUGGGAAACACAGUUUAUUUCACCUGCAGGGCAGAAGGCAACCCAAAGCCUGCCAUUAUUUGGCUGCACAACAAUAAUAAGAUUGACAUGAAGGAUGACGACCGCCUGAACCUGUUGCAAGAUGGUACCUUGAUGAUCCAGAACACCAAGGAGUCAGACAAAGGCAUCUACCAGUGCAUGGCCAAGAACAUUGCUGGGGAGGUCAAGACUCAGGAAGUUGUGCUGCGCUAUUUUGGCUCCCCAUCCAAGCCCACUUUUGUGAUCCAGCCACAGAACACUGAAGUACUGAUUGGGGAAAGUGUCACCCUGGAGUGUGGGGUCUCUGGGCACCCCCACCCUCACAUCAGCUGGACCCUUGGCACAGGCUCCCCUUUGCCACAGGAUUCCCGUUUCACCAUCACCAGCUCUGGGGGACUCUUCAUUCAGAAUGUCACCUUCUCAGACCAGGGGCAGUAUAACUGCAAUGCCAGCAACUCUGAGGGAUCCAUCCAGGCCACAGCAAGGAUCAUAGUGCAAGAUUCUCCCAGGUUUCUUGUCAUUCCCACGGAUCAGACAGUAACUGAGGGACAAAGUGUGGAUUUCCCCUGCUCUGCUGAGGGUCACCCUCCCCCAGUGAUUACCUGGACCAGGGCAGGUGGGCCCUUGCCGAGUGACCGGCGGCACAGUGUCCUGUCCACGGGCACGCUGCGCGUGGGCCGGGUGGCCCUGCACGACCACGGGCAGUACGAGUGCCACGCCAUCAGUGCCAUCGGUGUCACCACCCGACCCGUGCAGCUCUCGGUGACCCCGCGAGUGAUCCCGGUGUUCCUUCAUUCCCCCCAAGACCUGGUGGCAGAGACAGGUCAGGACGUUUCCAUUUCCUGCAGUGCCCAGGGAGACCCUCGGCCCACCAUAACCUGGGUCAAGGAGGGCAUCCAGAUCACAGAGAGUGGCAAGUUCCACAUCAGCCAGGAUGGGACCCUCUCCAUUCAGGACCUGGGUGUGGCUGACCAGGGCAGAUACGAGUGCAUAGCAAGGAACCCCUUUGGCUUCACCUCGAGUGCCAUGCAGCUCACCAUCACAGCCACAGACGUGGGUCGGAGCGGGGACACGUUUGUGGCCACGUCGCUGCGCGAGGCCAUCAGCAGCGUGGACCACGCCAUCAACUCCACACGGACAGAGCUCUUCAGCAAGCGCCCCAAGACUCCCAAUGACCUCCUGGCUCUGUUCCGCUACCCGAGGGACCCCUACACCAUUGAGACAGCCAGGGCAGGGGAGAUCUUUGAAAGGACCCUGCAGCUGAUCCAGGAACACGUGCAGCAAGGGCUGAUUGUGGACAUGAACGUCACAGGCUAUCGCUACAAUGACCUGGUGUCCCCUCACUACCUGACCAUGAUUGCCAACCUGUCGGGCUGCUCCGCCCACCGCCGCACGCCCAACUGCUCCGACAUCUGCUUCCACAAGAAGUACAGGACCCACGAUGGCUCUUGUAACAACCUCCAGCACCCCAUGUGGGGUGCAUCCCUCACAGCCUUCCAGAGGCUUCUCAAACCCGCUUACCAGAAUGGAUUUAACCUCCCCCGAGGGUUUUCCUUGGCAGGAGACACCAGGGAUCUGCCCCUUCCUCUACCUCGCCUUGUCUCCACUGCCAUGAUCGGCACCGAGACCAUCACCCCCGAUGACCAGUUCACGCACAUGCUUAUGCAGUGGGGCCAGUUCCUGGACCAUGACAUGGACCAGACAGUGGCAGCCAUCAGUAUGUCCCGUUUCUCAGACGGAGCCCCUUGCAGUGAGGUGUGCAGCAACGACCCUCCCUGCUUCUCCAUCGCUGUCCCUGCCAACGACCCGCGCGUGCGGAACGGGCGCUGCAUGUUCUUUGUGCGCUCCAGCCCUGUGUGUGGCAGCGGGAUGACCUCCCUGCUGAUGAACUCUGUCUAUGCCAGGGAGCAGAUCAACCACCUGACAUCCUACAUCGAUGCCUCCAAUGUUUACGGCAGCACAGAGCAGGAAUCGCGGGAGCUGCGGGAUCUGAGCGGCCAGAAAGGGCUGCUGAAGAGAGGGCAAGUUGUACCGAGCUCGGGGAAGCACCUCCUUCCCUUUGCCGUGGGGCCACCCACGGAGUGCAUGAGGGAUGAGAACGAGAGCCCCGUGCCGUGCUUCCUGGCAGGAGACCACCGUGCCAACGAGCAGCUGGGGCUCACGGCCAUGCACACGUUGUGGUUCAGGGAGCACAACCGCGUUGCCACUGAGCUGGCUGCCCUCAACCCGCACUGGGAUGGGGACCUCCUGUACCACGAGGCACGGAAGAUUGUGGGUGCCCAGAUGCAGCACAUCACCUAUGCCCAGUGGCUGCCCAAGGUCCUCGGGGAGGCUGGGAUGAAGAUGCUGGGUGAGUACAAAGGCUACAACCCCAACGUCAACGCGGGGAUUCUCAACGCCUUUGCCACGGCCGCUUUCCGCUUUGGGCACACCUUGAUCAACCCCAUCUUAUACCGGCUGAACGAGACCUUCCAGCCCAUCCGACAAGGCCACAUCCCCCUGCACAAGGCCUUCUUCUCCCCUUUCAGGAUCAUGCAGGAAGGGGGAAUUGACCCCCUCCUCCGGGGGCUGUUUGGGGUUCCUGGGAAAAUGAGAGUGCCCUCUGAACUCCUCAACAUGGAGCUGACGGAGAAACUCUUCUCCAUGGCACACUCUGUGUCGCUGGACUUAGCUGCUAUCAACAUCCAGAGAGGGCGAGACCACGGCAUCCCACCCUACAAUGACUUCAGGGUCUUCUGCAACCUCUCCUCUGCGCAGGAGUUUGAGGACCUCCGAAAUGAGAUAAAGAACUUGGAGAUCAGAGAAAAGCUCAGGAGUUUAUAUGGAACUACCAAAAAUAUUGACCUGUUUCCAGCACUGAUGGUGGAGGAUCUUGUCUCUGGGACCAGAGUGGGACCAACACUGAUGUGUCUGUUAACAACUCAGUUCAGAAGGCUGAGGGAUGGAGACAGAUUUUGGUAUGAGAACCCCGGAGUCUUCACGCCGGCACAGCUGACUCAGAUCAGACAGGCGUCCCUGGCCCGUGUCAUCUGUGACAACAGUGACCACAUCCAGCAGCUGCAGAGGGAUGUGUUCCAGGUGGCAUCAUACCUGCAGGGCAUGGUCAGCUGUGAGGAGAUUCCUGCCGUGGACCUCCGCCUGUGGCAGGACUGCUGUGAGGACUGCCGGACACGAGGGCAAUUCAGGGCUCUUUCACAGCGGUUCCGAAGCAAGAGGUCUCCUGGCUUCAGCUACCCAGAGGAAAACCCUGCAAAGCACAAGCCUGCCUUGCCAAGAGACAAGGCACCUUCUCCAAGCUCUUCCUCCAGAGAGAAUCUUGAGUCCCUUGUGGCUGAACUGGAGAAGACAGUCACUUCCCUACGGAAACAGGUGAAUGCACUGGAGAGCCAGCUCAGGUGGCACCACAGGAACACCAGAACACGUGGACAGGGCAAAAAGACUGGGGACAAAUGGGGAAAAAGAUGA